UGGGCGUCUCAUCCGUCUUCCCCCUCAGCUCGUACAUGACUUAACGAUUAUACAAGUUGGGCCACCUCAAAUCGUGAAUUUUUCGGGUGCAGUUGGCCGACAAACAUGACAGAAAGCUCCGCGAACAAGCUGCUAAACGGAGACGUCUGUCACCGAUCCUCAAGUGGCAAGAAAUCGGGUAAAAAUGGCUUCGUGAAGAACCACUGCCUGUUCCAGCAGCCACAGAAGUAUCGUCGCCUGAGGGAGAAGAACCAAAAUGUCACGCGUAACUCCAGCCUGUACAAGAAACCUUUUUUGGAAUCAUUUGAGGAGACUCCUCUACUGGUGGCCGUGCUCACCUACAUGGGCUAUGGCAUCCUCACCAUCUUUGGCUACCUCCGAGACUUCCUGCGCCACUGGAACAUCGAGAAGUGCCAUGUGGCCCGGGAGAGAGAGGAGCAGAAGGAUUUUGUCCCCCUCUAUCAGGACUUUGAGAACUUUUACACCAGGAACUUGUACAUGAGAAUUCGGGACAACUGGAACCGUCCCAUCUGUAGUGUCCCUGGUGCCAAGAUGGACCUGGUGGAGAGAGUUUCCCAUGACUAUAACUGGACCUUCCAGCACACAGGCAAAGUUGUGAAGGAUGUCAUCAAUAUGGGCUCGUACAACUACCUUGGCUUUGCUGAGAACACUGGCACUUGUGCCGAUGCUGCUGUUGAAGCCACCCACAAGUAUGGGGUUGGAGUGGGCAGCACCCGCUAUGAGAUUGGGAACCUGGACAUCCAUGAGGAAAUGGAGCAACUGGUUGCCAGGUUCCUAGGUGUUGAGUCGUCCAUGGCUUUUGGCAUGGGCUUUGCAACCAAUUCCAUGAACAUUCCUGCUCUCACAGGGAAGGGUUGUCUUAUCCUGAGCGAUGAGCUGAAUCAUGCAUCCCUGGUGCUGGGUGCUCGCCUGUCUGGGUCCACCAUUCGGGUGUUCAAACACAACAACAUGCAAAGUCUGGAGAAGCUGCUGAGGGAUGCCAUCGUACAUGGGCAGCCAAGAACUCAUCGGCCCUGGAAGAAAAUCCUCAUUGUGGUUGAGGGUAUAUACAGUAUGGAGGGGUCCAUUGUUCGUCUGCCAGAGGUCAUUGCCUUGAAGAAGCGCUACAAAGCCUACCUUUACCUGGAUGAGGCCCACAGCAUCGGGGCUCUGGGGCCUAAUGGCAGAGGGGUGGUUGACUACUUUGGCCUGGACCCCAAAGAUGUGGACAUCAUGAUGGGAACCUUCACCAAGAGCUUUGGUGCUGCUGGGGGAUAUAUUGGAGGCAAGAGGGAGCUGAUUGACUACCUGAGGAACCACUCUCACAGUGCCCUGUACGCCACUUCCAUGUCCCCUCCAGUGGCCCAGCAGAUAAUCACAUCCAUGAAGACCAUCAUGGGAGAGGAUGGGACCACACUGGGUGCUGAUCGCCUCAGACAGCUGUCAGAGAACACCACUUACUUCCGCAGGAAACUGCGUGACAUGGGCUUCAUCAUCUAUGGGAAUGAUGACUCUCCUGUGGUACCCAUGAUGCUCUACAUGCCUGCAAAAAUUGGGGCAUUUGGUCGGGAGAUGUUGAAAAGAAACAUCGGCACAGUGGUGGUUGGCUUUCCUGCCACGCCCAUCAUUGAGUCCAGGGCGCGUUUCUGCGUGUCGGCCGCCCAUACCAGAGAGAUGCUUGACACGGCACUGGAGGCCAUCAGUGAAGUGGGCGACCUGCUGCAGCUGAAGUACUCCAGACGUGAGCAGCCCCUGCCUUCUCUGGCUUGGAUGUCUGAGGAGAGUCUGCUUCAGGACUGAGCCGCUGCCUCAUCCCCUUCCCGUUAUAUCCAGCCUUCUGCCCCUGUACACUGUUCCCAAGCAGGCCCCCACCCCCGUUCUCUCCACUCCUCUGUCUUUUCCCUUCACAUACCCCUCCCUUUUCCUCUGAGCCAGUCACUAUCACCAAACUCCCUCUACCACUUUCUGUUCAUGGUUUCUCCCAUCCACCUCCAGUCCCUGUGAACUCACCAGAGCCAAAGUCUCCACAGGUCCGCCCCACUUAGAAAGCCUGCACACUAGCAUUGCUUAUCAGCCUGUGUGUGUGUGUGUGUGUGUGUAUGUGUGUGAUGCAUUCUGUGACCUGUUCAGCUGAGUCACCCAUAGCAAGAGACCAGAGGCAUCCACAUGUUUCUCUAUGUGUCUUGUUACAAAGUGUGUUCAGAUCCCAUUCAGUUUGUACUAACUUAUUGAGACUGCAUUUGUGCAAGACCUAACGUCAAGUCUUAUUCCUGUGUGCAAACUGAACUAGUCUUAUUUGUGCAAUACUAAUAAUAAUGUGGAGUUUCUAUGUUAGUUCAAACAAUGCAGACAGAGUUUUGCUAUGGGUUGCCACUCAUGCACUUGGGAAAAAAAUAUAUAAAGGAGGAAUAGGUUCAUAACAUUUGUUAUUAUGCACACAAGAGUUUAAAAAAAAAAAAAAAACAUAUAUGUAAAUAUUAUUUAUCCCAAAAUUGAUAGAGUACUGCCUUAGGGUAGCAUCCCAAACCUCAAAGAAACAUACAUUAUUUCAAAGGAGCAACAUAAGCAUGUGUUCUCCAUAUGUAUUUAUCUGAUGGCUUUUUCCUAAUCACUUUUACUUGAAUAAAGACUAUAGAAUAUUGGGUUCUUUCCCUAACCAAAGGAUAUAUAUGUAUAGAUAUAUUUUUUACCUUUCUCUUGAAAUGCAAAGCACCUGUUCACAAAGAAAAAAAAGCAGGGAAAGAACCCCUUUGGAAGAGGAAGAGCAAGGAAUAUUUUUUACAGCUUAUUUUCUAGAAAUAUUUUUCAGCCUUAUUUACUGUUUACACCUGCACUCAAAAACUUGAGCCCAGUGUCUUUAACAUUUCUAUAUGCUAAUGAGCUACAUGUGUGAUUUUUGUCGUUGUCAUUCUCACUCAAGUGCUUUCUUGUUAAUCAGCGUCGACACCAAUCUCUGAACAUGAUGACACGCUGUAACUUAGAUCUGUAUGUAUGACGAUUGUGCUCCCAUGCUUAUCUGAUAUACAGACAGCUUUAUUUAUUUAAAAUUGCUUUCCUGUCUUUCUUUCAGCUGUCUAUUUUUGCGAGAAAUGUACCCUUUUAUCUGAAAGGCAGCUCCAAAUGUGUCCCAAUGGAACGUGUGUGUUUUAGCUGACUACUUACACGUCUUACUUCAGUGCUCACACUACUGACAGGCAUUGUAAAUGCACAGAUGAUGUAGUCACUGAAAUUAGCAGGAUUUGUUUGGGCAUGCUUAAAAUGUCAGAACAGACUUUUAUCUUUCCCGUACUGUAUCAUCUGUGAUCAUCUUAUUGAAUGGCAUUCCAAAUCGACCUGCAGUCACUGUUAGGUGUUUUGUUUUACCGUUACGUUUUCUGUGUGAACUUACAUAGACAGGUCACCCCUAAGUUUUGCAUAUUGUAUGUGCCACUGUUAAGCAUCCAAUUCAUGUGUGUAUGUUUAUGUUCUGUCUGUUCUGUUUGUUGAUGUGAAUUGAAAAUAGUUGUUCAUCUUUGGGCCACACCAAUGUAGCCAGUCAGAAAGCUGGCCCUUGUGUGGCAUUGUGACCAUUCCUGUAAGUGUCCACCAAAACUACUAAACUCAGCUGAUGUUUAGAAAUGCUUUUAUUGAUGUUUUUUUGGCAUUAUGGCACAGUAUGACAACUUUUAAGGACACUUUUUUACUGUAUGUACAUCACUGCAGAUACAGACAUUUAUUGCAUUGUUGUCUUUGAGUGACAGUCAUUCCAAAAUGUUUUCUUCAAAUCUUUUCUCCAAAAUGGCUUAAAAACAGUUGAACAAUGUAUUUUAUUCAAUAAACGUUACAGAACACA